CCUCUAUUACUUCCUCUUCUCCUCUUUCCUUCUCCCACCCCUUACUUUACUAAUUACACCUCUCUUUCUUCCUUCUCCCCUUCCUCACAUCUUUGUAGUUUUGUUUUGUUUUUCUUAAAAACAUUCAUUGACUUUGUGUUUUUUCUUCUUUUUUUCCUAACACCAUAUGAAAAACUCUUAAUAAUUAAUUAAUUUGAAUAUUAUUGAUGCUGAGCAUCUUCAUAUUGUUCAUGCUUCACAUUCAUGUCUCCAGUUCUUAGUGAAAUCCUUCUUUCUGGAUUUAUCAUAGAUUCAUCCUUAAAACGUAGGACACACUUAGUUCAAUCUUUCUCUGUUGUCUUUCUCUAUUGGUUCUAUGUUUUUUCAUAAAUCUCUUAACACCACUCCAAAAUUACACUAUAUUAUAUAACUAUAUAAUAAUCAUUAUUAAAUAAUAUAAGAUUUCGAACUUUUAUUUUUAUCUUUGCUUUUGGAAUUAAAAAAAGAACUGGUUUAUUAUUUCUUUAUUGUAAAUAUUAUUGUUCCAUGGCCACGUCUAGUGGAAACUCUAGUGUGUACACAAAAUCUCAAAGCUAUGGCUCUGAGGAAGAUUUGCAAGAUUUGAAGCUUUUGAUGGAUCAAAGAAAGAGGAAGAGAAAACAAUCGAACCGCGAAUCGGCGAGAAGAUCGAGAAUGAGGAAGCAGAAGCAUAUGGAUGAUUUAAUUGUUGAAGUUGAAAGACUAAGAAAUGAAAAGAGUGAAAUGAUUACAAGGACGAACAUGUCAACACAACACUUAUUGAAAAUGGAGGCUGAGAAUUGUGUUCUAAGAGCUCAAAUGUGUGAACUUAAUCAAAGGCUACAAUCAUUGAAUGAUAUCAUCAACAUGAUGAAUGCAACAACAAUUUCAGAAGUUAAUUAUCAGAAUAAUGAUUGUUUUUUAACAGUUGCAGAUAAUUGCUUCAUGAAUCAAAUGAACAACAUGUCAUAUCUUAACCAAUUACCAAUUAUGGCUUCUGCAGAUAUGUUUAUGUGGUGAAUUGUUGAACCUCAAAAAAAGAGAAAAAAAUAUAUAUAAGUUAAGUCCAAUAUUUUGAGGAACUUAAUUGCAAAAAAUAUGAUUAAUAGUUUGCUUUAGUACUACUCAACAUUGUUCAAUAUUUUUAGGAAAGAAAAAAAAAGAUGUUGUGGAAGUGCUUUUUUCUGCUUUUCUAUAUUAGUUUGUGUGUUGUGAGUUUGCUUUUUCUAGAUGUUAAAAUAGUAUUGGUGAGUUUGCUUUUUGUAGAUGUUAAAAUAGUAUUGGUUGUUUUUCUUACCAAUAAAAUAAGUGCUUGAUUCUCCUAUGAAAAAAGGUGUUUGUCUCUGUCAAUUACUUUUUUUAAAGUAUCAUCAAUUAGAAACUUUAUUUGAUGGCAACAUGAAAUAUGCUCUCACACCUGUCAUCUUUGGGAGUAGCUUGAGGACUUAUUUUUGAAGGAUUAAUGAUAUUUAUACAACUUUGUCAAA